AUGGCGGAACAUUUUGUUCGUUUCAAUCGAUUUAAUUAUCGAAACAACUCAAAUCUGGUUAUCCAGAGGGAAGGACCAGCACCAAGACUAGAUGAAUCAACAGGGGAACCGGAAUCUUUAGUAGGCCGCAUCCUCCAUAAGAUGGGAGAUAAAGUAGUCCAUGAAUCCAUAAAAUCAAAACUUAAAAACAAAAGAAUGACCCAAACUGUUCAAGAUGGACCGUCUAGAAGACGGAAAACUUUAUUAGAUAUUAGUAGAGGAGAAAAUGUUCUUAAUAUCGAUAUAAACGUGGGUUUGAAUUAUGUACCUAGGAGUGGAUAUACAAGGACUAAGUACCAAGAAAUGCUGACAAUACUCCAAAAGAUACUUGGAGACCAGCCACAAACAGUUUUACUUAGCGCUUGCGACGAAACUUUGUUGGCAUUGAAAACAGAAAACUCAGCUCAGGAAAGAAGAAAUUUGGUAGAGGAUGUGUUGGGGCCAGUUUCAGACGAAGUUUACUAUAACUUGUUCCACUUGUCAAAAGAACUUACAGAUUUUAAAACAACAUCAGAACAGGAUACAGGAGGAGAUACAUUGGACGAUACUGGAUUAGCAGUGAUAUUUGAUGAGGACGAUAAUCUAGAGACUAAUGAAGUAAUGGAACCGGACGCAGAUGAUGAAGAAGAGAAUGAACUAGACCCUCAACUUGGAAUCAGAUACCUGGGCUCGGAAGAAGAUAACGCAAACCUAGAGAAGGAAGAUGACUUGAAUAUAAACAAGAUAGAUGGAUACUGGCUGCAAAGAGAACUAAACUCAAUAUACAAUGACUACAACAUCGCACAAGCUACUGAGAAGGAGAUUUUAAGUAUCUUAAACAUCGAGGAUAUCCAGGAGUGUGAAAACAAAUUGGUGCUAUUGCUUAAGUAUGAAAACUUUGAUUUCGUAAAGUUGCUUUUGAGGAAUAGGUAUAAAAUUAUAUACUGCACGAGAUUGGGACAAGCACAGUCACAAGAUGAAAAGAAUAAAAUAUUCGACGAAAUGUCAAAAUCAGCUCAAGGACAGCUAGUUUUGCAAGAGUUAUCCCUAAUAAACUUGAAGAAGACAAAGCAACAACUGUUGACACAUAACUUGGAAAAGGAGCUAAUAAAUAUGAAGACAGGACACCAUAAGGAUUUGGAAACUAAAAAUGAAGACGAGUUAGAGAUACCAGAAGAGUUCGUGGAACCGAAAGAAGACGUGGUACCCACAGCUACAACGACAGGUUUGCAGGUUUUGGAUUUGGAAAAUUUGGCAAUAAAAGACGGAGCACAACACAUGACUAACGUAAAAGUGGUUUUGCCUGAAGGAACAGAAAGAAUAGAACACAAGAGCUAUGAUGAAGUAAUAAUAUACCCAGUCCAACAUAUGCCAAAAAGUAAUAGAAAGAAAAUAGAAAAACUACCAAAAUGGUCACAGUUGGCAUUCAAGAAUGUGGAUACUCUAAAUCCAGUACAGUCAACAGUGUUUGAAACGGCAUUCAACACUUCGGAGAAUAUGUUGAUAUGCGCACCGACGGGCUCAGGAAAAACAAACGUGGCAAUACUGACAAUAUUAAACAUUUUCAAAAAGCAUUUGACGCCCAAAGACCAGUCAUUUAAAACUGACUCAAGAGGGUUUGAAGGAGUUGUCAGUCUUGAUGAGCUGGAAUUGUCAGAAUGUUACUUUGACAAGGAGUUUACAGUGAUAUAUAUUUCACCAAUGAAAUCAUUGGUCCUGGAACAAACACAGUCAUUUAACUUGAGAUUUAAAGAUUAUGGAAUAGCAGUACAUGAACUGACGGGAGAAAUGAGUAUGUCAAGAACACAAAUCCAGAAUACACAGAUAAUAGUAACGACGCCGGAAAAAUGGGAUGUAGUGACGAGAAAGGAAGGCAUGCUGGAGAGAGUGGAGUUGGUGAUCAUAGAUGAAGUGCACUUGCUUCACGACAAGAGAGGAAGUGUGAUUGAGUCGCUGGUGACGAGAACAUUCAUGCACGAUAAGGUCACGGGAGUUAAGACAAGGAUUGUGGGACUGAGUGCGACUCUGCCAAACUAUGAAGAUAUAGCCAAGUUUCUGAGAGUGGAAGAAGGAUUGUUCUACUUUGGGAACCACUACAGACCAGUGCCACUGGAACAACACUAUAUAGGAAUUAAGGAGAAAAAGGCAUUGAAACAGUACAAUAUAACGAAUGAGCUUACAUAUGAACAUGUGAUAAAGAAUGUAGGUGAAAAACAAGUGUUGGUGUUUGUACACUCAAGAAAGGAAACGUACAGAACGAGUAAAAUGAUCUUGGACAAAAUAGUAAGUGAAGAUAAGCUAGAACUAUUCAUCAAGGAUGUUGCCUCAAGAGAGAUUCUGACAAGUGAGUCUGAGCAUAUCAAAAACUCAAAUUUAAAAGAACUGUUGCCCUUCGGGAUAGGAAUACACCACGCAGGACUAGUGAGAAGUGACAGGAAGCUGGUAGAGGAUUUAUUUUCGGACAAACAUCUCCAGCUACUAGUGAGUACCGCAACACUCAGUUGGGGAGUAAACCUUCCAGCAGGAGUGGUAAUUAUCAAAGGUACUCAGAUAUAUGUUCCGGAACAAGGAAGCUGGGACGAACUAUGUCCUCUGAGUGUUCAACAGAUGAUGGGAAGAGCAGGAAGACCUCAAUUCGACACAUUCGGGAAGGGAAUAAUAAUAACGGCAAAUGAAAAACUGCAGUACUACCUAUCACUAAAUAACCAGCAGCUACCAAUAGAAUCACAACUAAUUGCAAAAUUACCAGAAGUACUCAACUCCGAAAUAGUGUUGAGAAAUGUAACUAAUUUGCAACAGGCCUUAGAUUGGAUUAAAACAACAUACUUGUACGUUAGAAUAAAAAAGAAUCCACUCCUUUAUGGGUUUGAAAUAGAAGAUGAAGAAGAUGAAGAAGAAAAUCAGGAAGAAGAAGAGAAUGUUGAACAUAAAAUAGAUAUGGAGAAGCUGGAGAAUUAUUUAUUGGUUCUUAUAAACAGUAGUUUUGUACAUUUGGAGAAAAAUGGUCUGAUAAAGUAUGAAAGAAAGAGUGGCAUGGUGACAAGCACAGGGCUGGGUGUGAUAGCAAGUAAUUAUUAUUUGAGGCCUGAGUCAAUUAAAAUAUAUAGUGAUAGUUUGAGACCUAAUUUGACAGAUUCUGACCUACUGAACAUCUUCAGCUGUUCAGUGGAGUUCAAGUACAUACCGACCAGAGAGGAGGAAAUAGUUGAGCUACAACAACUCCAACAGCAGAUCCCAAUACCAUGUUCAAACGCAAACCUGACGGCUACAAGUACAAUUAAUAGAGUGGCAGGAAUAGGAGGAAAUAACAAAAUAAGCAUACUCUUGCAAGCUUAUAUAAGUAGAUUAGACUUGGAUGGCUAUGCACUGGUUAGUGAAAUGGGUUAUAUAACGCAGAACGCACCGAGGAUCUUGACAGCACUCUUUGUAAUCAGCCUGAAGAGGUGUUGGAGUAGCCUGAGCAUCAAGCUGUUUAACUUUUGCAAGAUGGUGGAAAGCCGCAUGUGGCUGUUAAUGCUACCACUCAGACACUUCAAGACAAUCCCGAACGAAGUUGUAACAAAGUUGGAGAAAAAAGAUAUACCGUGGUUGCGCUACUAUGAUCUCAAUAGCGUAGAACUAGGAGAACUGUGCAGGAACCAGAAACUGGGAAAAUCACUGUACAAGUUUGUACAUUUGGUCCCGAAAGUUAAUUUGCAAGUAUACGUCCAACCACUAACAUGUAAUAGAAUAAGCGUUCAUUUGGUGAUAAAAAAAGACUUCGUGUGGGAUUUUAAAUACCAUUUUAACUAUCAAAAGUUUCUGCUAAUUAUAGAGGACCCCUCAGAAGACAAAAUACUUUACACUCAGUCGAUAUUGUUAUACCCGCCUACAAAAGCAAGUAACCCAAAUCAAGAAACUGCUAAUCAUGAAGAAGGAUUGAAUGAUAAGGAGGAAGGAGAAGGUAUGGAUGAUACUGACAUAUACUUGACGCUGCCAAUUCAGGAACCCAGAGUUUAUUGCUAUUUCAUAAGGGUAAUCAGUGAUAAGUGGAUAGGAAGUGAGACUAACGUACCAAUAAUUUUCAACAAGUUGACAUUACCAAGUAAGCAGGACAAGGUAACUACACUCCUAGAUUUGCAACCAAUACCAACAACUACAUUGCUCAAGUCUGCGUCACUAAAUGGUAAAGAGGACGUUCAGGGGAAUGUAGUCACCAAAGAUGAAAUGGAGAAUUUACUUAAAUACUAUAUUAGAAACUUCAAGUAUAACCAUUUCAACAAUAUCCAGACGCAAGUGUUCAGCAGUUUCUACUGCACAGAUGAAAACGUUUUAUUGUCAGCGCCAUAUGGCUCUGGGAGGUUUACAUGCGCUGAACUGGCAGUUUUGAGAACUCUUAUGCAGUUAAAGGAGAAGGCGACCGUAGUUGUAGUUGUUCCCUUUGAAAACCUAUUGAGGAAGAGACUUAAGAGACUUGUGAGUAGGUUUGGAGAAGUUUGUUCAGUUGAUGAGUUGACGGGAGAUUUUAAGCAGGACUUUCAACUCGUGCUCAGUAAUACAAUCACAGUUACCACAGCAAAGAAUUAUAACCACCUGCUAAACAGAUAUAAAAAUAAACUGAUACAAAACGUUAACCUCUUGGUGUUUGAAGGAGUGGAGUUCUUGUCAGACGAACUCUACGGAAUGAAUAUUGAACUUUGUCUAACUCAACUGAGGUACUACACAACUUUGUAUAACAGUGUUGAGAUUAAGAGUGAAGAUCAAGGUAACCUAGUAAACGGAAAGACUGUACAUAUGAGUAACAAAAGUAGGCUAGUUGUUAUCACAACCAGCUUGUACAACAACCUGGAUGUGUGUAACUGGUUGGGCAUUAACACCUAUUACAACUUCAACAACUUCGUGAGGCAAGUGCCAAUAACAGUAAACCUGUAUACAUUUGACCAAAUAGACCAGGUUACAAGACAAAACUCUAUGAUUUCAACAAUUAACAAAUUUGUUAGCAAUAAGUCUAAGGUGCUAAUUGUGACCACAAAUACUGUGUACACUAAGCAGCUCUCUUUGAUUUUGGAUCUACAUUUGAACAGCCCACAACAAAAUCAUCUAAAUGAUAAUAAAACUCAUAAACAAGAUGAUCCUAGUGGUUCCCAUGUGUCUAAACUAUUAUCUAAAUACAAGUUGUUUAAUGAGUUGAACAGUGUAUUGUUUGUAUAUGAAGGUUUUAGUCAUGAUGAGAUUGAGUUGGUUGAGAGUCUGUUUACAAACGAACCUAGAUACAAAGUCUUGAUAGUCACCAGUCAAGUGUUAUGGAACCUUAACAUUAAGUGUCCAUACGUCAUUGUUGCAGAUGUUAAUUCAAGUUACACUAAUCGUCCUCUGGUUCAAAAUUAUUACACUCAAUAUGAUCUUCAGUACAUAUUGUCACUUGCAAAUCCUAAAUCAAAUUAUAACAAAUCAGAUCAAGAUGGGGAUGAGGAUCUUGAGUGUAUAUUUUUGUUGGAGAAUAAUAAGAAAGAGGAGGUUAAGAGGAUGCUCUAUGACUCAGCAGUAUUGGAGAGUAAUCUUGAAUUGAGUUUGGAAGAAGCACUUAAUAAUGAAAUUGUAAGAGGACUUAUUAAAACUCCUCAAGAGGCAAUUGACUGGCUAACCUGGACAUUUUAUUACAGAAGACUUACAAAGAACCCAAAUUAUUACUCACUUAUUGCAACUACACCUCAACACUUAUCAGAACACCUCUCAGAACUAAUAGAAAAUACACUAUAUAAUUUGAAGAACAUGGGACUGAUACAGACAUCUCAAGAUAGACCUGAUUCUGAAGAUGAGAUUGAGGAGAUAAUGGCAGUUAACCUUGGUCACAUUGCCUCCUUUUACUCUGUAAAAUGUGCAACCAUUGAAUUAUUUGCAAAAAAUAUUAAAGAAAAUACUUCGAGGGAACAGAUGCUACAACUUUUAUCAAACUCUCAGGAACUUUUAUUAGUUCAGAAAAGACCAAAUGAAAAGAUAUUUAAACAAUCUCUAGAUCAUUUUACAGUUCAACAAAAAGUAUUACUUUUACUCAAGUGUCAUAUGGAUAGAAGCAUAUUAUCGAAUGAAUUAUUUGUGGAUCUUCACUUUGUCCUUAAAAAUGUUACAAAUUUGCUCUAUGCAUUUAUUGACGUAAUUAGCAGUCAUGAGUACUUGAAGCCUGCAUUAUUGGCAAUGGAACUGAUGCAGAGGAUAGUUCAGGCACUUUCAUUCACAGACUCACCAUUGUUGCAACUACCACAUUCUAACAAAGAAUUUGUAUCAAAUGCAAACUCAAUGAAAGUUAAUGAUUUAUUUGAUUUUAUUGGUAUGGACGAUGAUGAUAGAAAUAGACUCCUUUCUAACUUUAGUAAAUCUGAAGUUCUGGAUAUAGCCAAUUUCUGUAACUCUAUUCAAAUACUAGAUAUCGAAUUCAAAUUCAAUAAUAAAAAUGUUAAGCCUUCACAACAAGUAACAUUAAUGUUAAAUAUAACCAAAGAAGGGAACAAUGAUGUCAUUAAAGCUCCUUAUUUUCCAGUCGAUAAAAGAGAACAGUGGUGGGUAGUCGUUGGGGAUACUAAAGUUAAUAAACUAUACGGAAUCAAAAGAACCUCUCUGAACGAAACUAAUGUUAAGCUGGAUAUUGAAGCUCCCUCUAUGAAGGGGAAACACGAACUUACUCUAUACGUAGUCAGCGACUCAUAUGUAUCAACAGACUACCAAUAUAAAUUAGAACUAAAUGUCCUAUAA